AUGACACAACAAUUAAAGAUGAACUUUGUGUGAACUAAUUUCUGUAGCCGAGCCAAGGUAACAGGAGGCCGAGACCUGGGGACAAGGGGGAUAAAAGGCCGUGGAAACACCCAAGACUUUCAAUAGCAAACAAACUCUCACUCCACCUGAAGUCCUCACAAGUUUCUAUCUUUGGUUUGGUUACAUCGACUCGUCACGCGCACCAGUACAAUGGCUUUGCACACUUUGGUGGCGACCCUUCUGUGCACGCUCGUGCUUCCAAUCUUUCUCUUUUUAGUCGCGGUGAAGUUAUGGGAGGUUUAUUUGAUCCGUGGUCGGGAUCCCGGCUGUCGAGCCCCUCUCCCUCCUGGAUCUAUGGGGUUACCUUUCAUCGGAGAGACGCUCCAACUCCUUCUCCAGAGGAGAAAGUUCCUGCGGAUGAAACGGCAGAAGUAUGGAUACAUUUACAGAACGCACCUCUUUGGCAACCCCACGGUGCGUGUCCUGGGAGCGAACAACGUCAGACAGAUUCUGCUGGGUGAACAUAAACUUGUCGCGGUGCAGUGGCCGGCUUCCGUCAGAACUAUUCUGGGAUCAGACACGCUCUCAAAUAUGCACGGGACCCAGCACAAAAACCAGAAAAAGGCUAUAAUGAGAGCGUUCUCCCGGGAUGCUUUGGAACACUACAUCCCCGUGAUCCAGGAGGAGGUGAGGAGCGCCGUGAGGGGAUGGCUGGAGAAGGACUCCUACGUGCUGGUCUACCCGGAGAUGAAGCGCCUCAUGUUCCGUAUCGCCAUGAGGAUCCUCCUGGGCUUCGACCCGGACCAGAUCAAGACCGACGAGCAGGAGCUGGUGGAGGCUUUCGAAGAGAUGAUCAAGAACCUUUUCUCCCUGCCCAUCGAUGUCCCCUUCAGCGGCUUGUACCGGGGAUUGAAAGCCCGAAAUUUCAUCCACUCCAAAAUCGAGGAGAACAUCCAGAGUAAAAUAGACAGCGUCAAAGCGGUGAAACACAGAGACGCGCUCCAACAGCUCAUAGACAGCAGCAGGAAAGGGGAUGAGCCCUUCAGCAUGCAGGCAAUUAAGGAAUCAGCCACAGAGCUUUUAUUUGGAGGCCAUGAGACCACUGCCAGUGCAGCCACAUCGCUGGUCAUGUUCCUGGGACUCAACCCUGACAUGGUCAACAAACUCAGACAAGAACUGCACCAGAAGGAGGAAGAAGGUGUGGAUCUGCUGGGUCAGAAUGUGAACAUUGAGGUGUUGGACCAGUUAAAGUACACGGGCUGUGUCAUCAAAGAGACCUUGAGGAUAAACCCCCCUGUACCUGGAGGCUUCAGAGUGGUACUGAAGACAUUCGAACUCAAUGGUUACCAGAUCCCCAAAGGCUGGACCGUCAUCUACAGUAUUGACACCCACGACGUGGCCGGCGUGUUCCCCAACAAAGAGGAGUUCAACCCGGAGCGUUUCAUGCCAAAGCCUCGGGAGGACUCCUCACGCUUCAACUACAUCCCGUUCGGAGGCGGCUCCAGGAUGUGUGUAGGAAAAGAGUUCGCCAAGGUCCUCCUCAAGAUAUUCCUGGUAGAGCUCACACUGCACUGCAACUGGACUCUAUCGAACGGCCCCCGACCAUGAAGACCCGGCCCUACGGUCUACCCUGUUGACAACCUGCCCACUGUGUUCACUAGUUACAGCCGCACCUAGUGACAAUAACACGCCUCGUAUCAAAGCUGUGCUAUGAAAUUGUAAAUCUAAAAUAUUUGAAAUGGUUUUAGAUUAAAUGAUCCAUAUAUUAUGUUUGAUAUGUUAAUACAUAGAGUUGUGUAUAUGUUAUCUUAUGUUUUAUAGAAAGAAACGGCACUACUCUCAUGGAUCACUGGCAUUGCAUUAAGGCGUCUCUGUUAUGUACAUUUGUAGAUUUUGUUAUAUAGCUUUUUGUAUCUUACUGCAGCUUUAUUUAUGUUACACUUUCUUGUCUGGGCUUUAUUUAAUAAAAACAUGUUUU